UCACCAACGACAUCGACCACUGGCUUCUGGCACCGGCGGCGUGCGUCAUUCUCGAUUCCGCGGUGCUUGUGUCCGUCGCGAAACAAGGUGUUGAUCAUACCUGCGUCGUUCUGCUCCACCGACGCAUUCCGCCGCACAGACAUGCAAAUGACUGGACAACACUCCGCAGAGUGCCCAAGACCGGCGCUGAGAAAACCAUCGUUGGAGAAGGGAAUUCAACAACCCACAACGUAUUCCCAGCAAUGGGAAAUCGAAGACUGCUCUGUCCCCCUGGUGACUCCAAUUCCUCGACGCGAGCGACGACAGAGUGUCGAGUUGGUUUACAGCGAUGUCGUCGAUCACAAGUUAACGGAGCAACCAGGAGCAAUCGCCCGAAGCCCGAAGAAAGGGACUUGCGUGGUGCAAACGCGAUGUACCGAUCGACAAAAGCUCUGUCUGUGCGAAGUCAAGCGCCAUCGAUCCCUUUCGUCGUGCUGGCUCGUCGCGAAUGGCAUUGUGUACGACGUGACAAACGUGAUUCAGCAACACCCAGCUGGCACCAAGUGCAUACUGCGCAAAGCUGGAGGCGUCGAUUGUACCCAAGAUCUACGCUUUCAUUCCAAGGAAGCGCAGCAAUGUUGGAAGCAGUGUGCAGUCGGGAAGCUCCUUCCGUGUGGCGACGACGACGGCAGCACUUCCCAAGACUCGUGUACCAUCAUGUAGCGACCCUCUUCACGCCGAUUCCCCCUCUAUUUAAGCGCAGCCGACGCGAUUUCUUCGUCUUGUACCAUAAACGAUCAAUACAUUCCACUUCCGUGCCCC